CUGAACGGUCGGCUUGACGGAGUCAGCGGGCCGGACCUGGAGGCCAGGAUUGCCGCGAUCGUCGAGCGUGGCGACGUGCGCGUGGUGCUGGAGUGUGGCCAGAUGGCCUAUGUCAGCAGCGCCGGCCUGCGUGUCUUGCUUAUCAGCGCCAGAAAAUGCCAGCAAGGGGGUGGGAAGCUGGCCAUCGCAGCCCUGCAACCCGAGUGUCGGUCGGUCAUGGAAAUGAGCGGCUUCCUGUCGAUCAUCGAGUGCCACGAAACAAACGAGGCUGCGCUCGCCGCAGUCGCUUGA